AUGGACAAACUCCUAGCGGAGAGCAGUGCUCUCGUCUCAAUCUCUCUGCCGCAAGAAGAAGAUCGCUUUGACAAAGCUGCAAAGGCGCUGGUGAACAAAUUGAGCAAGCUUUCUGCGCAGGAUAUCGCACCCGCGAAAGAUGAUCUUGAUGCACUCUCACCCUUUGCACACACCAUUCUGUACACCUAUGUCCUUGUCGCAGGCAUCGAAACAUCUGUAGCCAGUGGAAAGGCGGCGCCAAAACAACUACCAUCCACCGCCCUACCUGAAGGUGCCUUCUGGCCUUACAUCACUCAGCUUCUCCUCGAAUUCGACCCGAUCCAAGCACGAUAUUGCGGUGCCCAAAUACUGCGGCUUGUCGAUUGUGUCGCGGUAGGCGCAGAGCAGACCGCUAAUUACGUCCCUGCUAUCCAACUGCUGCACCAUGUCAUUCUCCGACUCGACAGCACCUCAUCUACCCUGACAUCCACACACCGCACCUUUCUCCGCCUCUGUCUGCUGUCGCAAGCAUAUGCCGAAGCCGUUCGUAUCCUCGACCUUCCGAUCUAUCACAUUCCUCCCUCCAAGCACGAUUUCCGCAUACAUCGAUGUCUCUGCUCGAAUUCGGAUCAGCCAUGGACCUUUUUGAGUCCGGUGACAGGUCUGAGUCAACCAAUCACAAGUCGGACAUAUCUCGAAUACUAUCUGAUGGGUGGCAUGUGUUACAUGGCGUUGAGGAGAUACAAGGAGGCUAUGUUUUUUCUCGAAGUUGUCCUCACAGCACCAACAACUCAGAAUGUUGCCAGCGCUAUUAUGGUGGAGGCCUAUAAGAAAUGGCUGUUUGUCGGUCUCUUGCGGACCGGCAGCACUCCCCCAGUACCAAAAUCUGUUGGUCAGAAUGCAAUCCGGCAUAUUCGGGCGCUUGCCAGACCGUACGAAGCUGUCGCCGACGUUUUCAAGGGAUCCAACGUCGAAUUGUUGCGUGCGGAAAUUGAGGCGGGCAAUCAUAUUUGGCAGGACGAUGGAAACUAUGGCCUCGCGGUCGAGGUCUUUGAGGCAUUCCGAAAGUUUGCUGUCCAGAGACUCAGCAGAACGUUUGCGGCGCUCUCCAUAGCGGAAGUCGCCAAACGGACGUCGCCAGAUCCGUCAAAUCUCACCGAGACGAAAGCAUAUAUUGACACAUUGAUCGUGACUGGCGAACUCAGUGCGGUGGUCACCAGGAGUGAAAGCGGCACCGAGAUUCUACGGUUCCUACCGACGUCAGCAUCCACACAACCCGAAGCACAAGUUGAGUCGGCACUUGUCGCCCAGACGCGAGAGCUACAAGUCCUCCUCAAACACGUUCAAGACACGGAACAUCGACUGGAAAUCUCCAAAGAAUACAUUGACUUCCUGAAGAAGCUCAAGAAGAUGAGAGAUGACAAGGGAGGCAAGGGGAGUGGGAGGAGAGCAGCGGAUGACGACGUUGAUGAGGACGUGAUGGAGGAAAUCUAG